CGGAGGCCAAAUUACAGGUACUGUCAGAUUUGGACAGAGUCCUAUGGAAUAAACACUCGUGCUUGAUGGCAGCCCAGGGAUUGGCAACUGGGAGGCUGCCGAUACCGCGCCGGCGGACGGAUUUUUUCACCCAGAGGCUAGAUGAUAUGCCGAAAGUCACUUUGGCGGAGGAUUAACCAUAACUCGCGUAUCAUAUACCCUUUCGAAGCAUAUAGCCGAAGUGGUGGACAAGUAACAGCAUCAGCGCUCGGGGGGUGAUACGGAAAACCACAUGUUAAGGGACGACGAGACCCACACGAAGUUGAAAAACACAACUGCCGAAAUUUUAGUGCGGUCAGAAGCUGCAAAGGCACCACGACGUGCUCAGACGAGCGCAGCUAACAAGUGGGGGUCAAGGAUUUGAGGCCACCCGUCGGCAAGGAUGAAAAGCAGGUGAGAAUCUGGCCAUGGAUCUGGAUGGGAAAUGAUCAGUUCAGGAUACAGAGCGAUGCAAACCAGACGGGACCGUGACACUGACGCUUCGCGGAGACUCCAAGACCCAGGACCAGAGCGGCAAGCUCCCUUGUCUCUUCUCCACCGGCCGCCGUUCCGAGUGGCAAGGUGGAGUUCCAUCUGGGCUCAAUCUCAGGCAAUCCAGGACCACGUGCCGAAGACCGCGGUUCCGGCGCCAGAGCCCCGACGGCUCGCUGUCAUCCACCGCAGGCCGCGCCUGUCUGGCCGAACAAAGGGCCGGUGGUAGUUUGGGCGCUGAGCCUUGGGAGGCUGAAUGGCCAUAAGCUCCAUUGGACUAUUGGAGGAUCGCAGGGUCUUGUCCUUGUCAGGGAAGGCCAGUUGGUUUUCACGAGCCCACCCUAGCUAUCGAUUCGCCGGAGGAACG